UAUGUCACACCGUGAAACAAAAAUCCAGGUGUUUCCAUUCCACCACGGCUAGAUUAUUUCAAUAAAUUAAUUUUUUGGACUAUUGAUAAGAAGCUAAGUCAAUGUACACAUAAAUAUUGCGGGUUUUGUGAUUACUAUGAAAGAAAAAUGGAAUUACAUUAUAUAUCUUAUAUGGUUUUCGUAUUUGAUCUUGUCAGCCGUUCUGAUGUUCGGUCAUGGAUUUUUGCUGUCCCGUAAAACCUUAUCUGAUGUCACUGAAUGUGUGCCUUUGAAAGACUUUGGAUGCAAUGGUCAAAUAGAGAAGCUUUCGACGGACGUAUGUACAGAGGAUGAGAAAAUUCGGUCGAUCCUUUCUUAUCCCGCGGCAGAUUUAGUUUGUUCCCCUACUCGAUUUAGAGUUGUGUUUUUGCUCGUAGAUGCAUUGCGAUAUGACUUUACAGAGUAUGACCCAGACCUUCAGGAUCCUUUGCCUUAUCAGAAUCGUCUUCCCGUAAUAAAGGAGACAUUAGAAAAAUGGCCGAAACGUGCUAGACUUUUUCGCUUUAUGGCGGACCCGCCGACGACUACUCUCCAAAGGGUUAAAGCAUUAGUCACCGGUUCUUUACCCACAUUCGUUGAUGCGAGCUCAAAUUUUGCUGCAACAGAAUUGCUAGAAGACAAUACAAUUGACCAAGUGGCUUUGGAUGGUGGUAAAAUUGUAUUACUGGGUGAUGAUACAUGGGCUCGACUGAUUCCAGGGAAAUAUCUUCGCUCUCAUGUAAUGUACUCUUUUCAUACAUGGGAUCUUGAUACUGUUGAUAAUGAGGUUGAUACAAAAAUAUAUGAUGAACUGCGAAGAGACGACUGGAACCUACUCAUUGCCCACUAUUUAGGAGUAGACCACGCAGGCCACCGUUACGGGCCCAACCAUCGAGAGAUGACAAGGAAGCUUAAUGAGACCAACAACCGUUUGAAGAAGAUUCUAGAGACAAUUCCUCCGGAUGUGCUACUGUAUGUUGUAGGGGACCAUGGAAUGACUGAGACAGACUCACAAGAAGGAUAUGAUGAUCAGGGAGACCAUGGUGGUGAAAGCAGAGCGGAAAGAACAGCAGCUUUGUUCGCGUAUCGUGGAGCCGGUCUUUCUGCAAAUAAUUUCGGUUUUUCAAACGGCAAGGAGAUACAACAAACGGAGUUGGCGCCAACUAUGAGCGCGGCGUUAGGCAGACCGCCGCCAGCGCCAUCUCUUGGUAGCAUUUUGUUUCCAAUUCUACCCACAUUGACGGUACCGCAGACUUUGCUGCAUAUGAGCAAUGGAAUGAAACAGAUGAUGAGGUACCUAGUAAGGUAUGGUGAAGAAUCUCAGCAAAUACCGCUUGAUAGAUUGGCGCAGUUUAUAAACGCAACAAGGGAACAAUUAGAUAAAAUUCACAAAGUGAGCACUGAAGAGGAACUAGUCAAAUAUUUUGAUGAAGUCAGAUUGCUGACCGACAGCAUACGCGGUGGUUUCCGGGAGGUGUGGGUCGAGUUUGAUUCCUUGUCAAUGCUUAGAGCUCUACUGCUGCUCAUCCUUGCGAUAUUUUUCAACUGCCUCGUGACAGAAGGGCUUCCCACUAACAGGAUUCCAAGCAUUUUCGCUAGUUCAUUCGUACCCACCGGCAUCCUUGCCAAUGCUAUCUGCAUAUCUAUGUGUUACACCGCAUACAUUUUCAAAUUUUUAGAAGAUCUCGAACACGCGAUCAUUUUGAGCACCGGAUUGAUAUCCGGAGCUAUGUUAUGUACAUUAGUUAUAAUGCAUUGGGACGGCAUCACUCAAAGAUGGUACGAAAAUAAGAAUUUGUUUUACGAACGAUUCGCUAGAGGGGUGUUAUUCGCUUCAGCCGCCAUUUUGUCCUCGAACAGUUUUAUAAUCGAAGAGGGCGCUAGUUUGUCGUUUCUUGCGUUGUCGGUUUUGGCUGUUAUUGUUUGGCAUGUGAAAACUUUGGAGGCUGUCGCUAUGUGGGUUUUGUCUGGGAUUGUGUUAGGGAUAUCGAGGUCGUAUAGAGGUUGCAGGGAAGAGCAAGGGGCGUGUUGGACUGAGGGGAAGGGGGUUCCAAGCGGGCAAGCGAGUAGAUUAGCGCUGAUUCUAGCUUUAGGUUCUAUGGCAGCUGUGUUAGCGAUAACUAGAAGGCAUUUAGGUUGGCGUGGGCAUGGAUUAGUUUUAGCUGGGUUGUUUUCGUGUGCGCACUGGGCUUUGGGGUGGAGGAGUCUGGGGUCCCCGAGUAGGUCGCGGUUAUUAGCUCGCGGUGCAUGGUUGGUACUUGGUGUAAUGUUUUUGUUGCUAUGGAGACGGGAGAGGGGAGGGGCGACUUUGGCCUUGGUAGUUUGCAGUCUUCUGUUUUACGUGGCUAAUUGUUUGGUGCUGGGGGCGUCGUUUGCACCAUCGGCUGCUAUUGGCUUGGUGUCCGGGUUUCUCGCGCUCAACGUGGUUUCAAUGAUGAAGAGUGAAGGGAAUAAUAAAUAUUCAAUCUCGAAGCGUUCCAGCGCUAGCGUGGCCUGUUUAUGGACGUUACUGGCUUCGUAUCAUUUCUACGGGACGGGCCAUCACGCGACCCUGGGCCAUUUGCGAUGGGCGCCCGCCUUCCACGCCGGAGACCCCAACUAUUUGAGCAUAAGCCCACUUAUCAUUGGAUCUUUGGUGUCGCUUGAUUUGUUCGGCAUGCCCUUGAUGUUCGGCGCGGCGGUCCCAUUACUGGCUUUAUGGGGCCGCGGGGGCGCCGCGGUGGGGCCGCGCACGCAACUCGCCGCCGUCUUCUCGUUAUCUCUCAAAUUCGCACUCUGCUUCGCUAUUAGAGUAUUCGCGUCUGCCCUAGCAGCAACAGUUCACUGCCGCCAUCUUAUGAUAUGGGGUGUGUUCACACCGAAGUUGUUAUUCGAAAGUGGCGCUUGCGCAGCUGCGCUUCUCGGCACGAUUAUAGGAGCUGCCCUCGCCACGUGGCAUAUACCCACGAACCAAAGACAAAGUUGACAGAAGAAAUGCAAUUAGGAAAACUUGACCUUAAAGUGUACUCGAGGACUGUUAAAUAGCAAUAAAACCUUUAAUUGUUUGAUGUAAUUGUGUUAGAACAUUUUAUGACUACGCAGGUUCGUAGUCAAAGUUAACGUUGCGUUUUGUUCACCAUUGAAGUCAGAACUUGUAACAUUUUAUUACGUCAUUAUUGAGAAUGUAUAAUGUAGAUAUUUUUAUGGUUUCUAUGAUUGACUUCCUGAUUGAUGUUUUAAAAUGAAUAUUUACUAAGCGAUUAUUUUAUAUAUUCGUU